CGGGGCGCGCGGGGCGCUCGGAGCAUCUUUUUAUGGUGAAAGUUAUGUGGAGCUCAACAUCAUAGAAGUUUCACCUGAGUUAUCUCUUCAAUUAAAAUUUCAAACCAGCAAACCACAGGGAUUACUUUUUCUUGCAGCUGGGAAAAAUGACUACUGUAUAAUAGAACUUCUAUCAGGAAACUUACGGGUGAGGGUGAAUUUGGGUGCAGGUGAACAAGUGCUCCUUUCUGAGCAAAGACUUCGUAUGGAUGACCUGGAUUGGCAUUUAGUGGAACUAUACUAUGUUAAAAACAAUCUCUCUCUGGUUAUCGACAAACAGUAUGAGACAACUGGCCAGAUCACUGGUGGGAUGCACAAUUUGCACUUUCAACACGGAAUCUACAUAGCAGGCCAUGGUGGACUUGACAUCCCUUACCUAGAUGGAGAGCUCCCCAAUUUCCGGGGAUGUAUGGAGGAUGUGGUAUUUAACCAGAGGGAGAUCCUCGCAUCCCUCAGGUCUUACCCUGGUUUUAAGAAAGUUUAUGAGGUGUCACUAGGAUGCAAUGAUGAAUUUUUUGCAGGGGAGGAUGAAGCCAUCAAUUUCUUUAGCUCCAGAUCCUACGUUACCUUCCCAGAAUGGAGGGUACAAGGGGAAGGGCUGUUGGAAUUUGCUUUGCAGACUGGAACUCAACAAGCUUUGCUUUUAUUUCAGUCAGGUAGAGAAGGAGAUUUUGUUGCUUUGGAAAUAGUGAAUGGUCUGUUGAAGGCUCGUGUAGGAAGGAGCAAAAGUAACACCCAGCUCUCUUCUUUUAGCUUAAUUAGUGACAACAAGUGGCACGUUAUUCAACUCAAAUUCACUGGAAGGUAUCUGGACCUGAUGGUGAAUGAGCAAGGGGUAAGGACGUUGCUGCCUUUGCAAAGCCAACCAUUUGUAUCGGAAGGUCCUCUCUUCGUGGGAGGUCUUGAUAACCGUAAGGGAGAAGAAGUUAAGAAGUUAGAACUUGCCUCUGUGUCCAGGAAAUCUGCCCGAGGAAUCUCUUUCAAAGGGUGCUUAAGAGGCUUGGAAACCAACUCAGAAAAAAGAGCAUUAAAGAAUGCCCUUGUGUCCAAAGAUGUAGCUGCCGGGUGUAAAUUGCAGGGUAGUGAUCAUGAAAACCCUUUCGUAAUGACAACAGAAAACCUGCUUCGGUCAGAAGUUCCCCUUUCCACUACCGUCCCCGAGGCAGGCAAGCCUUUUCUUCACCAUGCAAGUAGCUAUUUCUUGAGUCUGAAUAACUUGGAGGUCCAAGAAGGUGGGCGAGCGUUACUGGAACAAAGGCAUAUGAACGUGGAUGUGGCAUCGGAAGAUUUGGGCAUCCAUCCUUCUCAAAUUCUAUUUAAAAUAGAGGAAAUGCCCCUUCAUGGGUUCCUUCGAAUCGAUGUUUCCCCUGCGCAGAGAAUGGAGGAGGCUUUCACUAUGUUAGAUUUGGGGCAAGGGAAAGUUUGGUAUGUCCAUGGUGGUUCAGAAGAACCGAGGGAUUUUUUCACAUUUUCAGUCUCGUCCAAGAACAAGAAGGAAAUGCCGUUAUACCUGCAAGGACAUGUUCCAUAUGUGUUUACCAUUACUGUCCUUCCAGUAAAUGAUCCCCCAGUCCUUAAGCUCCCUGAAGGAAACUUGCUUCUCGUGUUUGAGAAUUCUAAGAAACGACUGACUCCAAAUAUAAUACACGUGUCAGACCCUGACACAGAUUCCUUGAGUCUUAGUUUCUCAGUUCUUGGCAACUUCAAUUCAGAUGCUGGGUUUUUAGAAAACACCAAUGGUCCUGGGAAAGCCAUUAAUGGUUUUACGCAGGGGGAUUUAAGAGAUGGCAACAUUUUCUACGUGCACAGAGGUCAUCGGAACUCCCGGAUCCUUCUGAGAGCAAGCGAUGGAGAGCUGGUUAGCAAUACGGUAGUGUUACGGCUCGUGGCUGUUCCCUGGGACUUUGAAGUGGCUGUUAGAACUGGGGUAGUCGUCCAGCAGGGUGGCACGGUUCUGAUUACACAGGGUAACUUGUCAGUGGAGGUUAACGGUGAACCCCACGAGAUGGAGACCCACUAUGCUAUCACUCAUCCACCCCAAUUUGGCCAGAUUCAGCGGCAGGGGUCAAGGGGCGGAUGGAAACAAGUUAGUACCUUUUCUCAGCGUUCCGUUGAUCGGGGUCGUGUCCAGUACCACAGUACGUUUCAAGAAUUACAGCUAGAAAAUGUUACAGAUCACUUUAAAUUUAAAGUUAACAUAGAAGGAAAAAUCAGUGAAGAGUUGACGUUUCCUAUUACCGUACACUGGCUCAAGUUUAUACUUCUGAAAAACGUUCCUCUCGAGGUCAGGAAAAUAGGCAGACAAUUAUUGAACUCUGAUCAUCUGCAGGCUGUGACGGAGGGUGUGGACGUAACUCAGAGAGAACUGCAUUUUAAGUUACUGACCCCACCUAAGAAAGGAAAAUUGCUAGUUGGCAAUAAAGUUCUAAAAACAAACUCCGUCUUCAGCCAACAAAACAUUGCAGACUCUAAGAUAAGUUAUGAGCCACAGGAGAGGCCCAGGGAAGACACACAAGACACAUUUAGGUUCUUGAUUGUUGCAAAACACAUAGAAUCAAAAGAUUAUACUUUCAGAAUAAACUUUGAAGCAGAUAAGACACGCAUUAUUGUAACUAACAGAGGAUUAUUUGUAAAAGAAGGAGGAGGGAAAUUAAUUACGAAAUCGGAAUUAUUUGCUCAAACACUGGACAAUCAGACCUUCCAAUAUAAAAUCACCAAGAGUCCUCAACACGGGAAGCUGAAACUGGUUAACUUUUCAGAUCCUCUGGGAAGUCGUGACAAUAUCACCGCAUUCACUGAUCAAGACAUAGUAGGUGAGCGGCUGAUGUAUGUCCACGAUGACUCUGAGACCCAGCAUGAUGAAUUCCUCCUUGUGGCCUCUGCCACAGGACCAGGCCAAGAGGGAGUGGUCAGGCAUCUUGACACGGAACACUUAUCUACAGAAAUCAAAGUUGCCAUUUCUGUAGACUUAAAGAAUGAUGAGAAACCAGUGCGUGUGGUAGAUAAGGUCUUUCAUGUCGUGAGGAAUGGCCAGCGUCUACUGACCCUGGCAGAUCUCUGUUACCAUGACCCCGACUCAGAUUUUGAUGAUGGGCAGUUGCUCUAUACCAGGCGGGGCAUCCCAAAUGGGGACCUGGUGAGAGCCACUGAUCUGUCUCAGAAACUCUACCAGUUCAGGCAAGAAGACCUGCGGGAAGGGCGAGUGCUCUUCAGACAUCGGGGUGCAGACUCUGCCCGCUUUGUGCUGUUCGUGACAGAUGGUGUCCAUUACACAUCAUCCCUUCUUGAGGUCAGUGUGUCAGACCCUUAUGUCCAGAUAGCCAACAACACGGGGCUGGUUGUACAAAGAGGAGAGGACAGCAGCCUCACAACAACUAACCUCAGUGUCACCACAAACCAAGAUGUCAGAACAGACCACGAGAUCGAAUUCUACAUGCUGCAGCCCCCAAAGCAUGGCAGAGUGCUGGUCAACCAUUCAGUGUCCCACUCAUUUUCCCAGCACGACUUGAAGCAAGGACAUGUGAUUUAUAGGCAUGAUGGCGACGGCAACUCUGAUGUGUUCAACCUGACAGUGAAAGUUAAAGAGAUAUAUAUAGACGUGGGCAUCUAUGUACGAAUGUACUCAGAAAGUCACCAACAUCGCACCCAAAUUCUGCUCAUUAAGACCCUUGUAGUUGAAGAAGGAAAACCAGUAAAACUGAGUAGAGGAAGACUCCAGGCUGUCCACGAAGAUAAUAUUCCUUCAGAGGCAAUGUUCACCGUCAGAAUUCCACCAAUGCAGGGAUACCUCCGGAAAUCUUUACCAGAAGAAGGAAGCUUGGGUGCAGAUGCAAAGUCCCCUCUGAUUUUUACACAACAAGAUAUUGAUGAUGGGGAUAUUCUUUAUGUGCAGACAGCUCCUGACCAACAACAGGACCGUUUUUUACUGGAAGUGGUGAAUGGUUUCCAAGCUGUGAAUGGAAUUGAAAUCUUAGUGGAUAUCGUCCCUAAGCGGAUUCCUCUGGAGGUACAAAAUUUCACAGUCCAAGAAGGUGGUUCCAAAGCACUUCUGGAAGACUAUCUCAAAAUUCCAAACAAAUAUUUUGAGGGAGUUGACUGUGAAUUUGUUCUACUGAAACCACCGAAACAUGGUUAUGUUAGCAAUUCUAAUUUUCCAAGAGUAAAGCUAAUGAAGUUUACCAGGAAACAGGUGGAAAAUGAAUUGAUUUACUACGUGCAUGAUGAUAGCGAGGAGCUUCUUGACAAUUUCACCAUCUUUGCAAAUAGCUCAGAGCUUGGAAAACAGAGUUUGCCCCGAACUCUUUUUGUAACUGUGGAAUCCAUAAAUGAUAAGGCUCCAGUAAUAACAACCAACAAAAUCCUUCAGGUGUGGGCGAAUUCUGUCACUGAGAUUACCAAGGAUGACCUCUGUGCGGAAGAUGAGGACUCCUUCCCGCAGGACCUCACCUACUGGGUCACUCCACCCAGCAACGGGCAUUUGGCUCUCCAGUCCUUUCCUGGCCGAAGCAUCCAGAACUUCACCCAGGCUCAAAUCAACAAGGGCCAACUAGUGUUUGUACACACUGGAGCCAUGUCAGGAGGCUUUAAUUUUCAGGUUACUGAUGGUUUGAACUUUGCACCACGACAAAUUUUUAGCAUCACUGCUCGAACCCUGACCCUUAGCUUAGAAGUAAACCGAGGACUGAGCAUCUUUCCAGUUCCAGGUAAUUCUGAAGUACAGCCAGGAUUGAGAUCCAUGGGGCUGGGCACGGAAGGUUCCAUGAAGCCCCUUUCAUCUGGUGACCUGAGAGCUGUGACCAGUGACGCGGACAGCAUAGGAAACAGAACUGUAACUUUUACGGUUAUAAGUUCCCCUAGACUCGGGAGGCUGGUGCGAGUCAAUUCUGACAACAGCACAGAGGAUGUUUCCGUGUUUACGCAGAAUCUGGUCAGUGAACGGCUGAUAUUAUACCAGCAUGUGGACCAUGAGAACACUGGCUGGACUGCAGAAGACUCUUUCACGUUUACGACAUCAUCCCCACCAGCAGCUCUAGGCCCUGAGGAGUUUCGUAUUACUAUUUCAUAUGAAAUUACUGAACCUGGUCGGCAGAGUCAUCUGCUUGCAAAUACAGGAGCUGCUGUCAAGGAGGGAGACAAAGUUCUCAUUGACCAAUCUAAUUUAGAUGCUUCCAACCUCUUAUUGAAAUUGCCCAAAUCUCAGCGAUCUUCCUAUGAAAUCUGGUUCCAGGUUACGUCUCUUCCUCACCAUGGAACCAUUAUGGUUGGAGAGAGGAAUAUUACCAAGGAAAAACCCAAUUUCUCCCAGUAUAUAGUUAACAAAUUUGGAAUCAUAUACCUUCACGAUGACUCUGAAUCGCUGGCUGAUAAUUUUACCUUUGCCGUUUGGCCGAAACAGAAGAGCAAGUCCACUACCAAGCCAGAGGCUGACUUCCUUGAAGAGAUGUUUAACAUCACCAUAUCUCCUGUUAAUGACCAGGCACCAGAAUUAAAGACAAAAGGGCUUCGGUUGAAAGUUCUGCAGGGAAAUAGGUUGGUUGUGGGACCAGAAAACCUAAAAGUGGAAGAUCUAGACAGUCCUCCAGAGGAGAUCAGAUAUAUGAUCAUCCGCAAUCCUAAUAAUGGCUUUUUGGCAAUGGCUCACCAUCCAGAUGUACCUGUUCACCAUUUCACACAAGCUGACAUUGAUAACUCUCAGGUAUGGUUUGUGCAAGAUGGAAGCCCAUCUUCGAGUGUGUUUUACUUUAGUGUGACUGAUGGCCAACACCGCCCACUCUAUAAGCUCUUCCACCUGGAUGUCAUCCCCAUCUCCAUCACCCUUGUGAACCUCACGGACCUACUUCUCCCACAAGGCCAGACAACUGUCCCCAUCACCAAUACUCACUUGUCAGCAACGACCAAUGGGAGAAGCCCCCAAAUCACUUACAAGAUGACAUGGCCCCCCCAACAUGGGCAUCUGCUCAUUGAAAACCAGGUGGUUGUCAGCUUUGGGCAGGAAGAUCUGCAUUCAGGAAGACUUUCUUACCAUAUGACACAUCUCAUGGCCUCAGAGGACCAGCUGUAUUUCUCACUAUUUACACCAGAAAGCAAUCUGAUGGGACAAACACUGAACAUCAGGGUGCAGCCUUUACUGCAGGUUACGUCAAACCUGACCAUCGCCAACAGGGAGGUUUAUCAGCUGAGAAGAAAGGACCUUGAUGCGACUGAACUUGCUAAUAGGACUAACAGUGAUCCCAAAUUUGAAGUGACCGAACUCCCUGUCCAUGGAAGACUUGUACGAAGAGUGGGCCGAGGCACGGCAAUGGAAAACGCUACUCUAUUCACUCAGAGGGACAUUGACCAAGGGUUGUUGAUGCUUCAUCCACAUGCCAACCUAACAGGCAUUGAUAUGCUGAAUGACUCCUUCACUUUCUUGCUCAGGGCAGACCAUGUGCAGCCAGCAAUAGGUCAUCUACCCUUCACCAUAGUGCCACCUGACCCCUUAUGUUUGCAAACCUUUACCCCUGAUGUUUCUUUAUUAGUCACUGCAGAUAACCUUGUGACUUCAGAUCUCUCUCAGGAAAAGCCCAUGGUUUCCUCAGGACCCACAGCAAAGACAGAAACUCUAGGGAAGCUGACCCAGACCAGGCAGCAGGAAGCAAGUCCCUGGGGACAACACCGUGGUGAAGAGUCUACUCUGGAUGGCAAAGCUUCUCCAACCAGGGUCAUCUGGCCACCAGACACAACCAACGCCAGUCCUGAGGCACCCACCCAGCCCAGGGAGAGCAGUUAUCCCCUGAUGGUCAUUGUACCCUUGGCUGUGGUGGUCUUCCUGCUGAUGAUAACUGCAGUGGCCUUGUGUGUCUGGCUGCUGGGCCAGAAGGUAGAAAAGACAAAACCUCUUAUCAAGUCUCAGACCAAUCUUGAACCUACAACCCCAGGUCCUAGGCCAGAAAGGAGCAUAACUGUUCCCACUGUCACAGUGACACCCCUUCUAAAAAGCUCCAGAAAUCCCCCAGUCAGUCUUUUCAGGGACCCACAAAGUGAGCAGAUGGCUUCUCCAGCCACUGAGCCAGUGGAGAAAUGUGCUCCUUGGGAGACAUGGAUGAGUCUGGAUCCCAAUAUGGUCCAGUUCUGCCGACAAACCAACCCAACACUGAAGCACAACCAGUAUUGGGUGUAGACCGAGGGCUUUUGUUCCUGAUUGACCACCUACUAUACUGGGAUAGACACUGGGACACAAAGGCAAAGAAAUGUUGGUUGGAUCAACUGAGAAAAGCCUGGCCCUGCCAGUCAGUCAUUCAGUGCUCAGUUAUGGUCCCAUGGUUACAUGUGGGUGAAUGUUUACUGUAACUCGUACAACACUCAUCUGAUGGGCUCUCCACAAUGAGCUCUGUCUGCCUUCUUCUGGACCUGACUCUGAGUAUAAGAUUUUAUCAAUAUUUAAAUCCUUUAUCAAGGUGCUACCAAACAUGCUGGUCCAACUGGAAACAGCAAUAUUAACUUGGGUGCUAAAGUUAAUGGAGGAAGCCUUUGGAUUUUUUCCACUAAGAAUUCACUCUCUCUAAGUGAGUCAGCAAGGAAAUGCAGGAACUGUUUCAGCAAGCAGAAAAGGUAAUUUAUCAAAUCAGCGAGUUUGUUCCUAGUGUGUUUCUGUAAUGUCUUUUCCUCUUUGGGGUCUCCAGGUUUGACUUCCUAGGGCAGGAAAUGCCUUGGUGCUCCAGAUAGUAGGACAGUCUGACCCCCUUUGAAGGUAUUCACUGAGCAUAUUGUGUUUCAUCAAGAGGCUUCAUCUAUUCUGAUUUGUAAAAUCAAGCCUCUGGUACAAAUAUGAUUUGAAGCCCUAAAAUAUAGAAAAGUUUAUUAAAUAUUUUGUGAUGCCUCAAUUUGGCUUAACUUUACAAUGAAUUGAAAUAAUGGCAAGUUUGUAUUUGACUUGUCUAGUUGAGCCUACCGUUGGCAGAUUCAAGCUUCAGUUUCUAUAAUUGUAAAAUGAAGAUAUCAGUACUUGUUUUAGUUAAGAAUGCUUUGAGUUGCAAAUCACAAGACAUUAGCUAUGAGUGGUUGAGAUUGGGGAUUGGCAAACUUUAUCUAUGCAGGGCCACAUAGUAAAUAUUUAAGAAUUUGUGGGCCCCAUAUGGCUGUUUAUUUUUAACAACCUUUGUUCCUUAACAACCUUUUAAAAAUGUAACAACAGUUCUUAGUUCCUGCAUUUGACCCACAAAUCAGAGUUUGCCAACUAUUGAUUUGGCUAAGCAAUGAAAGUGUUGAAUUAUUUCAACUAACCAGCAGCCUGAGGUGGACAUUCCAAGGCUGGUUCAAUGGUUCAAAGAUAUCA